AUGAAUGAAUCAUUUUUGAGCAACAAUCGCUCGGCAUUUUUCACUUCCACUAUCAUUAGUCGAAGUACAACUAGUAGAAUACCAUAUCGUGAACAAGUUUUAAUUGAUGCAUUUAAUACAUAUAUUCAAAUUGGCAUUGGCAGUCUAUUAUUUUUAUUUGGUCUUACAUUUAAUUGUUUAAGUCUACUUUAUUUUCGAGCAUCACGUAGUUUUCGUCAUACAACAUUUCAACUUUAUUUUUCAAUUAUAUCAAUACUUGAUACAAUACGAUUAUUUGAAUUUUUUAUAUUUGUUUUAUUUGAUAAAGGCUAUCUUAGAGUGACAUUACCAUUAUGUCGUUGGGUAUUUUUUUCUAUUAUGUUUACUGGACAGGCUAGUAUUUGGUUAACAGUUGCAUUGGCUGUCGAAAAAUGUAUUAUUAUAUGGUUUCCAAUAAAAGGUCGUUUAUGUUUUACAAUAUCAAUAUCAAAAAUUGUUCUUAUUAUUGUUCUUUGUCUUGUCUUUGCUGCUAAUGUUAUUUAUUUAUUACCAAGUUUUUUUUUACAUGCUUAUGAAAAUAUUUCAAUACAUACAUUUAUGUGUGUAUGGCAAACAGGAAGUCAAUCAUCGAAAAAUAAAUAUGAUCAGUGGAAAAAACACUAUUUUACAUUUAAUACAAUAUUUUUUCAUUCGAUUAUACCAUCAAUAUUAUUACUUGUUAUAAAUUGGUUAAUUUUAUAUAGUUUAUCACGACAACGUAUUAUUUUAUCAAAAAUUGGUUCAAUUGAUACACGACAUGUUUUAAAACGAGAAAAACAAUUUAAAGAGAAAACUAUACAACUUGUACUUUCGUCAUUUUUUGUAAUUUUUACCAUAUCACCAAGAUACAUUUUAACAAUGGUUAAUGCAUUUGCAGCUAAUAUUAGUAGAGCACCAUUGAUGCCAUUAUAUAUCUAUGUCAAUCUAAAUACUGUAUUUCGUGUCCUCGAAAUGUGUAAUUAUUCACUUAAUCUUAUGUUUGCUAUUAUGAGUGGUCGAACAUCACGUCGUGAAAUACGUAAAUUACUCUGGGAAAGUUUAUUUUGGCGGUUUAAAAGAGUUAAAUCCGGUCGUCGCGGUUCAAAAAUGAACACUCAUUCAUUUCUAUUCGAUGACGAUGAUGAUGAUACAGAACGUUCCAUAGGUACAACAGUAGGAGCUACAUCGUAUUGUCCGUUAACAAUGCAAUCACAAAGUCGUCCGAAUUGUUUAUCUCAACAAAGUAAUCAUAUCAAUAAUAAUAAUAAUAAUAAUAAUAAUAAUAAUACAAUUCAACCCACACAAAAAUCUUCAUUUUUUACUUGUUGUGGUUUUUCAAUUGAUUUAUCACGUAAACAUUCAUUACAUUCAUCAAGUGGUGAUAUGACAUCGCGUCGUUCAACAGUACAGAAAUCUAGUAUAAAUACUUUUAGUAAUAAUCAUAAUAAUUCUCCAAGAAAGUCUCGUACUUAUUCUCACUCACCAAAAUCAUCAUCGCAAUUUGAUCGUAAUUUACGACAACAACAAACUGUUUGUUAUAAAUCAAACCAUGACAAUAAUCGAACAGCAACACGACGGCGUGCUUCAGCAGCUGUACAUUGUUUUCAACAUUUACCUUCAUCAACAGUAACAUCAAUUACGAAUCAAUCAUUAAGAUUGAAUACAAAUUCACCAUCAAUUCCUCAAUUGAUAACGAAAGACAAAAAAAAUUCAUCUAUUGAGAUAUUACCAAAUACUAGUUCCGAUUCAACUUCAGCAACAGUCGAUGUAAAUAAUACAAAUAUAAAUUCAUCAAAAGACAUAACAGAGUCUAUAGGACUUGUACAAAAUCAUAUAGAAGAACAACUAUUACCAGCCUAUAUUGUUGAAACAUGUUGA